AUGGCUCCCCUAGGCAAGAUCGCAAUUAUCAGCAUCGCCGCCUUUGCUAUCGCCAGUUCUGCUGUGCCACUCACCGAAACCGCCGCCAAUGGCGAAGUCGUGGAUCUUUCUGAGCGAUCUGCCGAGGUCUUGAAUGACAACGGCUGGCCUGCCCCUUUAUUGAAGCCUCGCAGCGCGAGCCCUGGUGGAGGCCGCGAGAGGAGCCCCAGCGGUGGCCGUGGUAACGGCCAUGGCAGUGGUCGAGGAGGUGCCACGCGUGGCCGAGGCGGACACAGCGGUGGCGGCGGUCGCGGAGGUGGCAGUAAUGGUGGCAACCAUAACGGCAGAGAUGGCGGUCGCGGCGGCCAUGCUGGUGGUGGAGAUCGAGGCGGGCACGGAGGCCGUGGCCGUGGCCGUGGUGGAGGAAGCAAUGGAGGUAGAGGUGGCCAGCACGGCAGCAACAGAGGAAAUGUCAAAGAGACCGGCCAUGGCAGGGGCCGUGACCACGACUAA